AUGAAUCAAACGCCUGAUUGUACCCCGUUUUACUCCGAUUUUGGUCAAUUCAAAGAUGGCUACAACCGUGAGGAGGCGGAAGCCGGCAUUCACAAGGCAUUUCGCUUACGACAGCGAGAGCGGCAGCAACGGUACGUGAAAGGAUUGUUGCUGGGUAGUGGCCUUGGGGAUGUGGCGAAACGAACUGUGCAGAAGGGUCUGUAUCAACCGCAGACGACGCUGCUUUUACCCAACGGGGUGACGUCAACGGCGGCAGCGGUGGCAUCUGGUGCAGCUGAACUGGAGGAGCUUGAGGAACGGGGCGGCAUGAGCGAGGCGAUGCUCGGGGGAAUUGUUACGCCAUCUGACAUGGCGCUUUUGAGCACUUCUCCGGCAAACGUCAUGAACCAGUUUACAAAGGCUGAGGUAGAGGUGCGCAAUUUAGUGGAGGUUCAGCAUCAGUUGGAGGGCAAUCUAAAGGUCGCAGAAGAGUGUCUUGCGUCUAGAUGCAGCCCAUUUACGUUUGAGACGUUGUUGGAGUCUCUUUCUGUGGCGCUUUGUGUGGUAGAAGAGGGUGACCCCAAGAUUGAAGUGACACUUCCCAUUCAAAAUGGAGAGGCAGGGCCGCUUCACGGGGCAGAGGCUGUCAUGGCGUAUGUUCGCGAAUACGUGACUCCACUCACCAUGGCGCUAGUGACCACCUUGUACGCAACGGAGUGGAUGUUACAAUACACCAUGACGUUUGUGAAUACCAUUGUGGUAGAAAAUGAAGAAGAGGCUCAACUUCGAGAUGAACUACUUGCGCGUUGUGUGCGGUGGUUGGGGAAGAUUGAUCGGUUUGUUGCCUUUGCUUUUGCGCUUGAGUUGAUGUCUGAGUCAUAUGAAGCCUUUUUAGACCUACGGAACGCCUCAGAGCAGCACAUUGAGGGUCUUCUUAACAGCAUUCAACGGGAAAUUAGUGCAGUGUUUCUCUUGCCGUUUCCCCAACGCCGCAAGGGAUUGCUCCGCCGUGAGGAGAGAAUAAAAAAGCGUCUUCAAUGUGCUUUAAAGCUUCUUGCUGAUCUUGACAUCUCAUGGUUUCCAAGCGUGAAGCUGCAAAAGGAGUGGAAAGAUGAAUUUCUUACUCAAAUGUAUAGUCGAGUUCACACGGUUAUUGCCCCUGCCUACUUCUCCGCUUCAUUGGGAUUUAUUGACGAAACACUUUACACAUUCAUGCCGAGUGGUCGAGUUGUGGCAAAACGCACUUUGCCUAGCUUUGCUCGAGGCAGCAGUGCUCGGCGCACAUCCGUGAAAACCUCUAUGGCGAAGGUUUUGGUUGUGACGCAGGUGGAAAACCGACGUGUGAAGGAAAAAUUGAACCUUCGACAGAUCGCAAUGCUGGUGAAGGGUUUGGCGAGUAAUGUUGUGGGCCUACAGUUGUGCAUGGGGGCGCGGUUUAUGCUGCGACAGUGCGAAGCCGAAUACGACACACGAUGGGGGUUUUCGAUGAAUUAUCCACCGGACUCACACGACGCCGUCCGCGACUCGGCGGGAAUUGUGCCACGCUUCACUGAGUUGUUGAGGGGGCACGUGAGGGUGCGGGCGGAAUACCAAAUGGGGAUGCUUCGACACUUUGUGGUGUAA